AAUUUAAAAAUUUUAAUUUAUUUAAUUCCUUUUUUUCUUUUUCAGCACCAAGUGAUUCUCCUGAAAAGCUGUCACCGUGUUCAGUUUACCGUGUACCAACAGAAACAUCAUUAUCAUUAUCGUCAUCAACUGGACCUGAUUUAAAAAUCACUUCUUCAAAAGUAGAGAAAUCGAAAAAGCAAGAAGCUAAAUUUUCCCAUUCAACAUCAACUUCAAAAAGAGAUGGUGUUGACUCAUCAAUUGAAAGUGGUGCUGGCCCCUCUUCAAAACGAAAGAAAUACAGUGUCGAGAAAUCUACAAUUGGUGUUUCUUCAAACAGAAAAAGAACGUCAAUUAAUUUGGAUAAUGAAAAUAUUGAUAAACCGUUGCAUCAUAAAGUGAGAAGAAGAUUGGAAUUAAUGGGAACAGAAAAGCAUACGGUAAAAGUUUGUUUGGGAAAAUUAUGUAAAUCAGCAAACAUUAAAAAUCGAAUUGAAGAAGAUGCAAAGGUUGUUUCAUCAAUGAUGUAUGAGGCAACAACAAUGGCAUUAUUCGGCCUAUAUGAAGAAACGAAUGUUGAAAAUGUUGAAAAUUGCCCAUCAUUGUUGGAGAAAUGGACCAACAAUGGUCCCGACUUUCUGUCAUUUUUAAUAUCAUUAAAGCAGAAAGUAAAUGCUCAACGUAAAGUAACUGAACAGGAUGCGAAAAUAAAUACAAUGGUCAACGAAUAUAAAGAAUUAAGGAAUGACAUUCCACUUUAUGACGGAGAACAUAGAACGGCAAUAAUUCAGGAGGCAGCUUUAGUGUUGAAUCGAAACUUUAAAACAAAUUUCACGACGCAUGCAGCAUCACGAUUAAGAAGAUAUUUGCAGCUAUUAAUGGAAAUUGAAGACGAAGAAAAAAAUCAUAUGGAAGUAGAUGAAAUUCAAGAAAUUUGUUCAGUUUACCGUAUCAAAAAUGAUAAUGAUGAAAAAAUAAAAAUUAGGAGUUUUAAAAAUAGCAUUAAAAAUGAACAAAGAAAAGAAUUUCAAAAAUCUCAAAAAAAAAUUCCAGAUGAAAUACGAGAAAAAAAUACAUCAGACUAUUGCGAUGAAAGAUAUGUUCGACAGGAAAAAUAUCACAAACAUUGCGAUAAAGUCUAUUAUAAAAAAAGGCCAAGAAGGCGAAGAAAAAAAUCGAAAAAGGAAAAAGAAGAAGAAAAAGAGAAGAAUAAGGAAAAAAAGAAAUUUCGAAAAAGAAGGCCUUCAUUUUAUAAACAAUCUGUUGCUGCUUUAAAUCUCCUGCUGCAAAAAAAUGAAUGUCAAGUGAAAGGAUUCCCUACUGAUUUACUACUGAAAAAGGAUGAUAAUGAUAGAAGAAAAUUGGACUUUACAAAAUUGACAAAAGAUGAAGAAUGGCAUAAAUUUUUGCCAUUUUUCAUUAUGAUUCAACAAGAAUUUCAUGAUAAAAAGAAGAAGAAUUUCACGUUAAUUCCACAAAUUUCAUUAGGCGUGAAGCAUGUGGUUUAUACAAAUACUGCUUUAAAAGAAUUGCAAACGGCAACUGUUAUUCAAGAAAUUAAAGAAAAAAAGGCAAUUUUACAAAAAAAGAAAAGAAAAUCAGGAACGAAUAAGGAUCAUCUUCAAAGAGCAGUUGAUAAGAUGGACGAUGAAAUGAAGCGCUUAAGAGAAAUGAACAAUGAAGAAAGGUGGAAUUCAAUGUUCAACUUUAAAUCAAUCCAAAGAGGUCGAAAAAAAUUAAAGAAUGGUGGUAAAUUUUCUGGUACAAUAACGACAAACGGUGUGGACGUAUCAGUAAUUUUUGAUUUACCCACAAAACAUGAUGUUGUGCAAUCAAAGAAGAAAGUUGGAAGUUACAAAAAAUUUUGUGGUUUUGAUCCUGGUGCGAGGGCGACUCUGGCUGGUGUCAGUAGAGAAAACGAUCCUAAUCCAACCACUAAUGUAAAAAAGGAUUCAGCUAUUUACAUUGGUAGUUGGAUGAUGAGAUGGCAGAUGGGCGACUACAGAAGAAGAGAAUUAAUGAAGAAAAAAGGUAUAGACAUGCAAAAAUAUUACAAGCAACUUGCUGAGGAUCCAUGGAUGGAAAAUUUUUGCAUGACUAAUCCUCGAGAUCGCCAUCGCAUAACAAAAUAUAGAAUACAUCUUUUACAAAAUUUCCAAUCACUUCAUCAAAAAAGAUCCGUAACGCGUUUAAAAAUAGAUCAAUAUUCGGCGCACAAACGACAAGUUGAUCAACUUGUGAAUUGGAUAGUAGGUGAUACAAAAAAGAAACCCUGUUUCGUUGCUAUUGGUGGAGCUGAAAUACCUAAUUUUAUCAAGGGAUACACUAAAGCUCCUUUGAAACGUAUUGAACAAACUCUUUUCCAAAGAUCAGCGGAAUUAGGAAAAGAUAAAUUGCAAGUCGUUAAAGUAAAUGAAUUUAAUACAACAAAAAUGUGUAGUCGUUGUGUGAGACCACUUAAAAUAUCCAAGAGUCCCCAUCGAUACACUUAUUGUGCGAAAUGCAAAACAACGUGGGAAAGAGAUGUAAAUGCAGGGCGCAAUAUUCUUAAUCUUGCACUUGUUCAAGAAAAAAUCAUACCAAAGGAUUCCAUAAAAAAUCACCAUCUAUUUCGGAUUACGAAUGAUGACGCUCAACAUCAAGAUGCAGAAUUGCAGAAAUAAUUUUUCCCAUCACUUUCAACAUUCAUUUUUAAAUCACUAAGUAAAUCUCUUCAAGGACAUUGAAAAGGAGGAACCUCAACAACCGGAAAUACAAAUUUCUACAAUGGACAAUAUACUGCUUAAUUGCGGAAAUAAUUUAACAAAACAUUAUUCGGUCCUGGUGGUGAUGGCUUUUUGUCAUUGUACAUACCAGGAGAUCUCUUAUGAGAUCCGAACCAGCCUAUAAAAAGGCAUACCAGGUUUUUUAAGAAAUUAAAAAACAUGCUACUUCUUUUAUUGAUUAUUGUUUGAAUUUUUCAAAUUUUUUAUAAAAACAAAAGCACAUUUGUGUUUUUUUUUAUAAAUUAAAAUAAUCAAUAAUAGGAGGGGAGGUAAUUUUGUAGAAGACAUUUAUUUCUUUAAAUUUAAAUCAUUUUUCUCUUUUUUACUUAUAAUUUAGUUUCAGUUUAACGGUGUAAUUUUUAAAAUUUUAAUUUUUUCAAAACAUUUUAACUUGAUUCAACAUUUCACUUUAAUUUUAAACUUUUUUUUUAACAAUUUCAAUUUCUCCUUUUACAAAAUUACCUUCUAAUCAGAAGUACCCUUACCAAAUCAACUUAGCUUGCACUACAAAAAUGAUCUUAUUGGCGAAAUGAACCGCGCAUUUUUAAAACGUUUUAUAUUUAAACAUAUAAAGUACUUUAGAUGGACAAGUUUUAUUCUACAAAUAGAAGCAUUUUUGUAGCGCAAGCGCAGUUGCGUUUGGUGAUGGUACCUGGCAGCUCUGGUAAUUUAGUACUGAAUACUUAUAAAAAAGGACAAAAGAUAUUUUUUGACUUGAUAUCCAAUUUCACAAAACACAACACACAAGAACAACAAAAGUGUCCUUAUUAAAUGUUUUCUUGUUCCUUUACAAUAUUAAAGUUUUAGAUUCA